UCCAAAAAAAGUUGAAAAAAAGUACUGCUGAGGGUUUUCCAGCUGAGACUCUAUGUAGGUAGGAAAGCCCUGGCUGCACUGUCUGCAAAGGAGCAGGCAGGGCAUGUGCACUUUCUUGGGGUCUGUACUUGUGCUGCUUAGCCUGAGAAACUCCUGGGAGGUUGGGAGGUCAGAGGGAAGGUCAGGUCUUAUAAGCUGUAUCCUUCAGAGUUGUACAGGUGUGCUCUAGUUUUGGCAUGAUAGUGUUUUGCUUGGUUUUUCCCUGCCUACAAAGUGUUUCCAAAUGUACUGAGCCACACCAUUUCCUUGUCACAAAGCUGAUGUGUGCAUUGUCUUGGAAGAAAACUGUUCAGGCUAAGUGUGCUUUGUUGUCCAUUACCUGGAGUAUCUGUCUUAAGUGCUUGGAACCAGGUUACCUGCAGCCCACCUGUGAGACACAGAAUCCUGUGCUGCUUUUCUUACAGGCACCUGCCUGGACUGCAGAGACAGAACAGCUGUCUGGGAGAGGCUGGUUGGUUUUGUCUGCUCUGAACAGGUUGUCCAGGUUUAACCCCAGCCAGCAACAAAGCACCGGGCAGCUACUCACUCAAUCACUCCCCUGCCAGCCCCAUCAGGGACAGAAUCGGAAGAGUAAAACACUUGUGGCUUGAGAAGAAGUUGGUUUAGUAGGUACACCAAAAGCUUUGCAUGCAAGCAAAGCAAAACAAGAAAUCAAACCGCUUUUUUAAACAGCAGUUUUUCAAUGUUUGAAAUAACCAAGCCAGAGUUUCCAGUUGUACUUUGUACUUUGUACAUUUGUUAUUACAUAUGAAGAAAGUUUUUCAUUGUAACACAGGAAAACACAUAAUCAAACUGAAAGUGAUACUCCUUUCUGGAUUCCUGGAAAUGGAAUUGAAACUUCUUUUAUGGCUAAGCUAUUAAGGUUAUACAGAACUUCUGAACUUUCCUGCGCUCAGGGCGUUCUCUCUGCACACCCUGACAAGGGACCACCAUGUGAGGGCAGCAUUUCGACCGCUCACGUCUCUACUUCAUACUGCAAUACAAGAGAGCUGGCAUUAUUUUAUCUGGGAAAUUGUCUUCUUGUUCUUGAAAGCUGCAACAUUUCACAGAAUGCAGAAAUUUACAUUUGUACUGUGCUUCACUUUCCAGUCAGGGUGAUGUUGCUCAUUAUGGGAUGCCUGUCCAUGGAGCCUUUGGGUGCAUUGACAGGAUUUGGUGGAACACUGCCCAAAACCAUAAAGUGAGUGUGAGGAGGAGCAGCAAAUCCAUGGCUUGCUACAUUCUGCACUCCUGAGCCUUUCUAGGAAAUGCUGGAGAGGCCUGACACCUGCUUGAGUUGCCACGGAGAGAGUCAAGACUGUUCUUUUCCCAACAGCUGAGAGAACUCUCGAUGCCUGUGCAGUGGGGCACACCCAAGCACAGGCACAGUGUGUCCUUAAAAAGAAUGGCAUUUGUAGGACAUUAAACAAUCUGAAUCUAGUUCACAUCAGAUGAUGAAAACCUGGGCUGAUUCAGUACAAGACAGGGAAGCCCCAGCGUUGUGCAGCCCUGAGCCUGGCUCAAGGGCCUCCACUGGUCCUCUUCACUCAGUUUGUAGGUGGGGCAAUGUACAUCUAAUCCAUCAAGCUGUUGCUGCAAAGUUUUUUGCAUCUACGCAAGGCCGUUUGCACUGGCCAUUUACAUCCUCUGAUGGGUUUAGGACUGGUUGACUGGCAUGCAAGCCAGACUGUAAACAUGAUCCAGAAGUUGUUUCACAAUAUGAUAUCGUGCCAUAUGUACGGGAGCGGUGUCAGGGCUGUUGCCUGCAUGGAAGAGAAGGACCCCUUGAGGGCAGGGGCAUCUAGAAAGAAGGGAAGGCACAGCUUCAAAGGUGGCAGAAUCCGAUUUUUCACCCAACGGUGGUUUUGGCAACAAUCUCGAGAGCAAAACCAUAAUGGAGCAGGGGGCGGGUGUGCCCCGAUGGGAUGGCUCCGGGGCAAAGCCGGCAGUGGGCACGGAGGGUAACACCCAGCGCCUGCUGCUCCUCAUUUAUAGCGGGGGAGAGGACUUUGAGCCCGGCCACGGCAGCAGCGGGACAGGCGCUGAGCUGCCCCGGCACGGCCUCGCCUCCCGCUGCGCUCUGCCCUGCGCCGAGCCCGCCCGGCUGCAGCCGCACGCCCUGACUGCACGGGCCGGAGAUGGGACAGGACAAUUGCAAACCCCAGCCCGGAGACCUGAUCGAGAUCGACCGGACAGGUUACCAGCACUGGGCGCUCUACGUGGGGGAUGGAUAUGUCAUCCAUGUGACAGAUGAAGAAGCCACAUCCCUUACGCUUAGCAGCUCUUCAAUACGUGCCACAACGGCCAAGGUGAAGAAGCAGCUCCUGAAGGCUGUGGUGCGAAAUGAUAAAUGGCGUGUCAACAACAAGUAUGACCGCUCCCGCACUCCUUUCCCUGUGAAGAAGAUCAUCCAGCGUGCAGAGAAAUGCGUUGGCAGGGAGAUACCAUAUGAUGUGCUUUACCAGAACUGUGAACACUUUGUGACAAAGCUUCGCUAUGGAGAAGGAGUCUCUGAUCAGGUCAGAAAUGCAGCUGUUGGAGGUAUAGGUAUAAUAGGAACUACACUUUUUGGUGCUGCUGUUCUUAUUGGGAUGGCACUGUCUGAGAACAAAUCCAGGACAUAGUACUAAUGAUGAUCUGUCAGGAAGAGUUCAGAGCAAGGCAGAGUGAGCUCCUGGAAACAGCAGUCAGCUUUUCCUACACCUGCCAUCAAGGCUUCCUACCAACUGUGCCACCUUUGCUGUAAACAUUCAAUAAUCCUUAAUAAAAUGUCUGCAAUAUGAAA